AUGAGCAGACUAGCAGGUGGUACGGGCGAUAUCUGGGACCAGCAUCCCACAGUCUCGGGAUCUACCAAGGCUUGGCUUAUUGUUUCUUCCAUGAGCAGCAUGACAGGCGGUUGGGCCACUAUGGCUACUAAUGUGGCUGAUUUCACACGACAUAUGAAGAGGCCUAAGGGUGUCUAUUGGCAGACAUUAUUUGUUCCGGGAAUCUGCACACUACUUGGGGUUCUUGGUAUUAUCAGUACCUCAGCAGAAAAGGUUGUUUAUGGCGAGUACAUCUGGGAUCCUCUCGAACUUGCCUCGCAUUGGGAUGGGCCCUCCGGAAGAGCUGCAGCGUUCUUUGUCGGCGUUUCAUGGUGCGUCGCUCAAAUCGGAACCAACUUGUCUGCCAAUGUGAUCUCCUGCGCCAACGAUAUGGCCAGCUUGUGGCCGAAGUAUAUCAACAUCAAAUGCGGCGUUGUUAUUACCACCGUUACGGCUGGCUGGAUCACGGUGCCAUGGAAAAUCAUUUCAUCCGCCGCCUCUCUCCUUAACUUCAUGGGGGCAUUGGGUGUUUUCCUCGCCCCCAUCGCUGCAAUCUUGGCCUGUGACUACUGGGUAGUCAAACGGAGAGCAAUCGACGUGCCUGCUUUAUACCGCAAGAAUGGUCGAUACAGUUAUGGAACCCGGGCGGGCACAAAUUGGCGAGCUGUCGUCGCCAUGUUAGUGGGAAGUGUUCCAAGCUUGCCUGGUCUCGCGGCUGCAGUGAAUCCGAGCCUGGAUAUCGGGGGGGCUAAGAAUAUCUUUGACAUCACGUUUCUCGUUUAUGGUGCCCUGAGUUGGGUCUGGCCUGCUCAUGAAACGUUAGUUGAAGCGACCUUGCACGAAGAGGUCAUCAUUGUAGAUGGAAUGGAGGUGACCAAUGACGGGCUCCAUGGCACUCACACCGGUGCAAAGUCGGUGCAGGCAGAAACCAUUAAGGCAGCUGAAGCCUAG